CCUUCACGCAGCCCACACAGGCCGUGCGCGACUACCUCGCAGAGCACCUGCGGGCGGUCUGCCACGUCGGGGGGCCCUACUGCGGCGGCGGCGGCGGCGACGCGCCCGUCGCGGCGGUGCACGUGCGGCAGGGCGACUCGUGCGACCGCAAGGUGGACGAGCCAGGCCCGUGGAACGCGAUGUGGCGGCCGGACCCGAAGCGGCCGGGCAAGCUCACGCGCGAAGGCGUCGGCCGGCGCUGCUACUCGUGGCGCGUGUACCGCCAGCAGCUGCAGACCCUCCGCGCAAAGUACGGCGUGCGGACGGUGCUGCUCGCCACCGACGACCACACCGGCGAGGUCGUGCGCGCGCUGCAGGGCGAACGCGACUUCAACUGGGUCUACCUCGACUACCCGCGGCAGCAGUUCCGCAAGCGCGCGUGGAUGGAGUUCCGGUCCGACCUCGACGAGAACGCGCCCUUCUCGCUCGCGGCGGAGCUCGAGCUCCUCUCGACCGCAGACCUCUUCGUCGGCAGCAUGGGCUCGCACACGUCCCGCUCCGUUUACAUGCGGAUGGUCUCCUCCUCGCGCACCUCCCAGCUACCGCCCUUCAUCUCGGUCGACGGGUACGGACUCUGCUGCGACUUCACCGAGGAGUGCACGCGCGAGCAGGUUCGCGGCCGCGCCCGGCCGGUGCGCGAGUGCAUCUACCGAUUCGGCGCGGUGACGGGCGGGGAGCAGUGGAUGUACCACCGGGGGUGAGGUCUCAGCGACCGGCGAUGUGUGUGAAAAUGGGUUGAGAGGCGGGCAGAGCGCCUGUCUCAGCGGCGGCCGGCGGGGUCCUUCGUCGUCAGCACA